AUGGACGUCUCGGUUGCGCGUCGUCCAUGGGAGGAACCAAGGGCCGGCCAGCAGACUCCCCAGGCCGCUGCCGCCUCUGGUGGUGCUGGUGGUAGUAGCAAUGCUGCUGGUGCUGGUGUUCAGCAGGUCCAGAAACUGCCUUCUAUCUCUACCCUUACCGCCAGUAUGUCUCUCGGCAAUCUUGCCAAUGGUGUUGUUGCCCCCGCAGAAAAAUCGCCCGCGCAGGCCUCCAUGAACACCGUCGAGCGGGACUCCGGCAAUUGGUCCAUGCCCCAGAGUGCCCGCUCCUCCACCUACUCAAACACUACCAAUGGCACCAAUGGCACCAACGGCACCAAUGGCUAUGCGCAAUAUACCUACAUGACUUCCUCUCAACACUCUCCAAAACAUCCCCAGUCACAACGGCAGUCCUCAAAAGAUCAACAACCACAGACUCCCUCCUCUGCUACGCCAUCCUCCCAACAACAGUCCCCCACCUACUCCAUGCACCAGCCAAACGCUAUGCUCCCUUCUAUAAACCAAAACUUUGACAGCGCCGUCCAACGACCCCCUGCUGAGUUCCCCGAGUCCCGCCGCAGCAGCAUUGAUAGUCGAAUGAACCAGGGCAUCGGCUCCUUGGCCAUAAACCAAGCCUCGCCAUACCACAGCACCAAUGCCUCUCAGUCGUCUAUUGUCUCGGGCCUCCAGCGCGACCGUGGCAUAUCCGGGGAAUAUUCAAGCGUAGCAAGCCAACGCGGGCCCCGCUACAGCGGUGAACAACGCCAUCCACUCUCCCACUGGGCCCCACACGGGUCAACAACCGCUUCUUUUCCUGUGCGGGAGGACUUGCCCCCCGCCCAUUUCACAUCCUCACGCAGAGAUAUUUACAAUGCAGAAUCGCCCACUGCAGGCCAGGCCUAUGCUUUUCCUGACCCCGACGUCGCCCGGUCAUCCGAUAAAGAAAGCGCCCGUGGCCAACCCUCGUCCCAGUUAGCACCACGGAGUCUCUGGCCAGCAGUGUGUUUACGACAGAUUCCAGACUGCCACAUGGCCAACAAGCAGAAGCAGGUUAGAGAGUUAAUGGGCGAUCCGGAGUCACCCAACGGCGCGACCCCGUACAGUAGAACCCCGGAAUUGCGCGUCACGCACAAGCUGGCAGAGCGCAAAAGACGUAGUGAAAUGAAAGACUGCUUUGAACUUUUACGUUCACGGCUGCCAUCAAACCAGAGCAGCAAGUCCAGUAAAUGGGAAACUCUAACUCGAGCAAUCGAAUACAUCGGCCAGCUCGAGAAAACAAUUCAACAAAGCCGUCACGAAUCCGUCACCCUGAAAGCCGAGGUCGCGGAACUCCGCCAACAGCUCAAUGAGCAGCUACAACGCCAAUCAACCACAAAUGGCCAUCACCCCCAGCCUACCUAUGACCGCGCACCACCACAGCAAACAAACGGUACACAUCCACACUCCCAUCCACAGCCUCAGAUGUAUAGUAACGGCCACGGGAGCCCCUAUUCUUCUCCCGGUGCUGUGCAGCCCCCACUCCCCUCCAUGGACCCAGCGAGAACUCUCCCGCCGCUGAUGAACGGCUCCCUGGCACCAAUGCAAGGUGUACAGUAUACCGAGGGCCGGCGAUGA